GUUGACGACACGACGCUUACUGGCGGGAUGUUAAAACUCUUUUAGGUACGCGUGAUAGCAGAUCCUCUCAGAUGUUGUCGACUGAUGGAAAUCUCAACCUUAAAACGGACAUAAUGAAGAUUUCGCGAUAAACGUUUGACGUGUCUUCAUUUUUGACUACACGUUUAUUUACGGACCAGUGACUAAAUAAAUGUGCUUGGUUCAGACUGAACAUUAUCACACCCAUGGCAGCAUGUUUGAAGAUUUCUUCGAUCAAUUUGACAAAGAACUUGGCCCACUUAAUCCCUCCUGGUUUGAGGAGUUGACUGCCAGAUCUUCUAGAGAUAAUGGAGGUCCUGACAUUUCAAAAGAUGAGGAAGAGGAGAACAGCAUCAAAGCACCGGAGACAUCAGCUCAGUGCAGUCAGCUGUUUUCGACACCAAAAAUAUUUAAGCAACAUUUUCAGUCCCCUGAUUCCAGUAAUGAAGAAUCUCCUUAUGAAGCAGCAGACUCAAGUCCUUCUCUGUUUGGCUCAGGAAAAGACACAUUUAAUAGAUCCCAUCGAAGACCCAGUAAUUACUUUGGCCUUAUGGAUACACCAAAAAGAUCAUUGGCACAUUCAUCAAAACAAAUAUCUGAGAGUCUUGGGGCACAAAUCAACCCUGACUUAUCCUGGACCAGUUCCUUUAACACACCAUCAACUUUGACUCCCACUGUGAUAUUACCUAAAGCAGAAGACCGACCAUCAACAGCAAGUUGCUUUAAAGACAAGGAUGCAAUUUUUGUCCGGAAACUGUUUCCAUCUCUUUCGAAAGCCUCCGAAAGUACUUCAAGUAAGAUCGUUAAACUAGAUGAUACCAUUGAGACUAUCCAGACUGAAGGAAUGGGAAGAAAGCCCAUUUUCUCCCCAGAUGCAUCUCUGGACACAAGCAAUCUGUGGAAACAGAAGGUGCCAAAUGCAAUAGAGGACGGGGACGUGCGCAGCACGGUGCAGAGCGUUCUCGAUGGUGCUGAGGACGUAUUGUCCAUAUUUUUCAGCAACAGCACAUCGGCUCUCCGAAGGGUCAAAUCUAAAGAAAGGAACAGAACAAAAAACAAUUCCUUAAAAGAUAUAAAUUCAACUUUAGAGACUGAUAACGAGGUGGAGAAUGAGACAUUAAAGACAGAUAAAACUCAUUCAGAUGAGGUGGAAACUAAAAGCCCUCCUGAAAACAAUGACGUCAUGCAGUGGACCCCACUAAGCUUAUCAGACUCCAGCCUGAAUGAAAAUAUUUCUUCAAGCUUGGCUUUGAAUACUGGUGAACCCAAUGGUGACACUUUUUACAGCAGUGCUGCAGGUAGGACGUUUUUAAGCAGUGCUGAAAGACUCCGGUCUUACCCAGAUCCCAAUUUGGAAGGAUCUCAAUGUCAGAAGUCUUUGUUGGACAAAUCACCUGUUUUCACACUUACUAAAAAGCCUAGGAAGUUUGUGUAUCAAGUCCCAAGCUCUGCUGUGUCAAAAAUGGGAAUUAACCACAAAACGGCUCCACCACUAUGUCUGAAGCAAGCGGUAAUGGCAAAUCCCUCAAUGUCUGGUGACUUGAAUGAAUCAAUUGUUGUCAGUGAUGAUGCAGGCCAUCCUCAGACACUACAGCAAACCACUUCCCAUCAUCUGGAUGAAGGGCUUGAUAUGACACAGCUUUCCAAAGCAUUUGCGGAGGAUUUCACACAAGAACUGACAUCAGGAGGACUUGUGGAUUUACAAGGACAGAGUAAUCAAAAUGUCAGUAUAGUUUCAUCAACUAUAACCACCCAUGUACAGAAAACAUGUGAGGUUAAGCCUGAAGCAGAGUCUGAGCAGAAGAAAGAUUUCAUCAUCCAGCAGGUCAUUCAGGGUGAUCAUGAUGUCAGCUGCGCUUUAGCUGAUGUAUCCAUGGACUCUGCAAAUGAGUCGACUGUUGUUCUUCCAACAUUUGAAGUCAGUCGUGACAGUGGCUUUCCCACCACUUUUUCAGAUUUGGAUGGCACGGUCUUGUGCUCAAACUCUAAGGAUGUUUUUUCUGGUUUUAAAACUGCAAGCAACAAGACCAUAUCAAUACCAAACGAGGCUAUAAUAAAGGCCAAGGCUUUAUUACAUGACGCUAUUGGGGACAGUUUGAUUGAUGUUACUACACAACAUAACCAGAAAAUGGAUGCAGUAGGCAUCGAUACAACCAGAUCACUUUUGGAACAGUCCAACUCUUCCAAACAUGCAUUAACAACUUGUGUUAGUAAUGCUCGAUCCAAUCCAGGUCUUUUAAGUUCUAAGAGCGUUAAACACAGUAUUUCAAGCUGCUCUUCACCGCAAAUAAAUGAAUUGGAUUAUGAAACUGGUUCAAAGAGCAUUAUUACGGUUUCGGAUGUUGGUCCCCAGGAACCUGGGACUCUUUUAAAGGAAAAUUUGGAGGAAGAGUCUGAUUCAUCAAAACAUAAACAGGAAUUCGGAAGAGUUGCAGAAAUACAGACUGUGUUAGACAAUAACAGCACAAACAAAGCUGACUUGGACACCAGUCGAGAUGAAAACUGCCCAUUGACAGCGUCACAAAAGGCUGAUGUUACAGAAUUGUGCAAUCUGUUGGAAGAAGCCGACAGUCAGUAUGAAUUCACUCAGUUCAAACCCACAAAGUUUGGCUCGGACAGCCACACCACUGAGAAAGAUUGGGACCCCGAUAUUCUCAACGGUAUUGACUUUGAUGAUAGUUUUAAUUGUGAUGCUGUGAAAGGAAGUCAUCUAAUUAAGACUGACGCCUCUAACAUAAACAAUUUCGUUCAAGCAAACAAAGAAAUUGAUCAUUCUCCGGUUCAAACUGUGGGUGCUGACAAAUUAUGCAGCGUAUCAAAGGAAUUCCGAAAUGGGAAUUUGCCUGCGUCAACAACUGAAGACAAUUCAGUUGAUGGAAUAAAUAACCAUUUCAGUGAUACAAAUCAAUCACACUGUUUUGGUUUUAAAACCGCUACAGGGAAAGUUAUAAGCGUCUCAGAAACAAGUUUAAACAAAGCAAAGCACUUUUUUGAAGAGCAUGAUGAAAAGGUCUCGUAUAAUGAAAACAACAAGGCAGAUACAGAAGUUCUAAAGCCAGAAGAAUCCAGAGAACCAGCAAUGGUAUCUUCAGCUAAUACUUCUGAUUGUAUAGGCAAGGAAUAUAUAAGCCCCCUUCAUUUAAAUCAACAUGCAAAUGCAGCUCUUCAAGACCCUGAGGUAAAUGAGAACUUGGCGGGAGAUGCAGGGACUAAGCCGAAUUGUUUAGAUCGAAAAACAGAUGUUGUCUGUGUUUACUCGGAUGGCUGUUUUGGAUUUAGUACAGCUAGUGGAAAACAUCUGAAAGUAUCUGAAACGGCCCUUGAACAGGCAAGCAAACUUCUUAAUGAUGUUGACAGCAUUGAGGCGUCAGACACUAAGCAACUCCUUUUCCACACUUCUGGAAGACAUGACGACUCUAUGUCAACAACUAACCUUCAGAAAACAAAAGCUGUUUCUUGGCGUGAAACAUCUAUAAAUAUAAAUCAGUCAGACUCCGAAGAGAUAAAUCAAGUAUCUAAUGUUCCGGACAUUUCUUCCAUCAAACGUAAGAACUUCUUCCAAGAACAGAAAUCUGGCAGUGAUGCUGAAGGAAUUUUUACAAACAUUUGUCCCCCCAAUCCUUUCCAGCCAUUGUCGGGCCAUGGUUAUGGCUUUCAAACAGCCAGUGGGAAAGGAGUUAGAGUUUCAGCUGAGGCACUUGAAAAGUCCAAGAUCAUAUUUAAAAACUGCAAUGAAAAUAUUGAAGCUGGAAUAAUUGAGGAAACCAAUGAUAAGCUAGAUAUUGAAAUCCUCAAACAAACUAAUGGAUUUACAACCGCAAGUGGUUCCAAAGUGGUGCUUAAGGAGGCGAAAGCUGUGUACGAGGACUCUGCUCUUAUUCGUGGAUUCUGUGAAAAAGCAAAUAAAAGUCUGGAUGUUGUCAUGAAAACAUGCCGGGGUGAUCAAGUUCAUUAUGAAGAAAAACCCUCUUUGGACCUGCAAAACCCUCAAGAAGAAGCAUAUGAAACAAAAGUGAAAGAAUUAAGUAAAGACUUUGAACAUGAGUCGAUUUCUCUUAAUAGCAGCUUUGGUUUCAGUACAGCUAGUGGUAGAAAGCUAUCCGUCUCAGCUGAAGCCCUCCAGAAAGCUAAGAAUGUGUUAUCCGAUUCAGCUGAUGUUGCCCCAUGUACUAGUGGUUCUAGAAAGUCAAAACAGAUCACGGAAAUGCAAACGGAUAACAGUUCCUCAGGAAAACAUGAAGGCUUCUCUACAGCAGGUGGGAAGAGAGUGACCAUCUCUGCUAUUGCAUUGCAGAGAGCAAGAAAUCUUUUUAACGAAUGUGAAAGUAUAGAACCUGAGAAUCUUCAGCACCAAAACUGUAAAGGUUUCGUCAAUGCCAAAGGUGUUAUUGUGUCAGAAAAGGGAUGCAUUAUCGAGUCAGAUCCUGAUUUACAAAGUGGACAACAUCAAAAUUCCAAUGGAAGCAAUGGUCCCAUGUCAAAGGUCUCGUUUGGAUGUGGGAGUUCUACGGAAGAACCUAAAGGAUUCUGCACAGCGGGCGGAAAGAAGGUGGACAUAUCUCGUUCUGCGCUACAAAGGGCAAAGAGUCUCUUUAAAGAUUGUGAAGAGGAUCGUUUGACCUCUGAGGCUCUCCAAAACCAAAGCAAUAAAGGUUUUACCACUGCCAGUGGAAAACAUGUUGCUGUCUCAGAAAAAGCACUGUAUGAGGUAAAAGCGGGUUUUGUUGACUUCUCCAUCAGUCAUAACUCUCCUGUGAAUAAAGUCUCCUGUGAUAAAGGUGUCCCAUCUGCAACUAGUGGUUCCUCAGAUGAACAAGUGGGAUUCUGUACAGCAGGUGGGAAGAAGGUUGCAAUAUCUACUUCUGCACUACAGAGGGCUGCAAGUCUCUUUCAAGACUGUGAAGAGGAAACGUUAGCAUCUGAGGAACCUGUUGUACCUAAAACUGAAAGCUCUAAGGACACUAGGGAUGAAAACCUAAAGCUUGAUCAACUGAAUAAGACAAAUUACGGUUUCAGCACAGCUAGUGGUAAAAGUGUUUCUAUAUCAAAGGUUGCCCUUGAGCAAGCCAACAAACUAUUCAGAGAUUGUGAUGCCCAACAAGUUAUUGACACUGAUAAACAGGCUAAAUCCUCAAAUACCAGUGAUCUACACGUUGCUGACUCACAAUCAGACCAGGAACUUCCCAUAAUACUGGAUGGAUUCAAAGAAGAAGCAAACAAAACCAUUUCACACCCUACGCCAACAAAAGUAGUUCCUAAUGAACUUUCUCAACUAAACUUGCACUCUUUGGAUUUUAAGAGUUGCACAGAGACCCAGCAGGAGUAUUCUGAACGGGAAGCUAUGGCAUGUGCUAAAGCAUUAUUAGCAGAUGAAGACCUAAAUGAACCACCCCCACCCGAGUUGAUGCCAGUAGCAAACAUUCACAGCACGAAAAGUCCAUCUGUUCAUGAUCUACAGACACAGGGCACUGUUGAACAAAAUGGUAAAAGAAAACAUCAACUAGACACCAGCAGUACAGCAGAUUCAUGUCAACCACCUUCGAAAAGACAACUUCUCUCAGAGUUUGACCAGGCUGUCGGUUGUUCCAAGUCCACACCGAAAAGCUGUCCAAAUGGACUUCUAAAAGGCAGACGUGCCUUCAGAUACAACAUCCAGCCUAAUGUCACACCUCCAAAUCGGAGUUCUGUUGACCAAAAGUCCAAUGACGGUGUACAGCAGUGUUCUGCUGCCUAUCUCCAAACCAAAAGGCCAGUGUUUGUACCCCCCUUUCAAAAAAAUUUAACUAAAACAUCAAAGGCUCAGGAUGCCUCUAAAGCGUCCAGCGGUUUUAUCCCACCAUUCAAAAAAGAAAACAAAGACAGUACUAAUAGCAAUUGUUCGAUCAAAAAUUCAUGUGAAUCCAAAACUCAAGCUGGCUCCUGUAAAGCAAUGGAAAAUGAGACGACAUGUGCUACACCAACUACUCACAGUGCUACACAAUAUUACGGUGAGGACAAUCCACAUGCUGAUUUGAAACCAGAAGCAACGAUUUCAAUGGACAACAUAUCUAUGAAAAAUCUUGACUAUGAUGAGAGAGAUACAGAUGCAUGGCAGGAGACUUUGCAGCUGGCUAGGGAUAUGCAGGAUAUGAGGCUUGGAAAGAAGAAAAGGCAGACUGUGCGUCCUCUACCUGGCAAACUUUACCUUGCUAAAACAUCAGGUGUUUCCAGAAUUGGACUGAGAGAUGCUGUGGGACACAAAUGCCCAGUUGGGUACACUUCAGAGGAGCUGUAUAAGCACGGAGUGCAUUACAAAGUCCUGCAGAUAAACAGUGAAAAUGCUGAAUCCUUUCGCUUUGACUGUAAUGAGUUUUUUAAGCGUGAGCUCCUUGCGGAGUCUGGUGCUAUCCAGCUGGCUGAUGGAGGCUGGUUGGUUCCAGACAGUAAGGGCACUGUAGGCAAAGAGGAGUUUUGCAGGGCGCUGUUUGACACCCCCGGCGUUGAUCCAAAGUUGAUCAGCGAUGCUUGGGUGUUCAACCACUACCGUUGGAUUGUAUGGAAACGGGCAUCCAUGGAAAAGUCAUUUCCAGAAUUGAUGGGAAGCCUGUGUUUGACUCCAGAGCAAGUACUUCUGCAGCUGAAAUUGAGAUAUGAUGUGGAGGUGGACCACAGUCAUAGGUCUUCUCUCAGAAGGAUCGUGGAGAGAGAUGACACCCCCGCUAAGACAUUAGUGCUCUGUGUAUGUGGCAUUGCUAAACCCAGUCAAAAUUCAGAGAAGCAAGUGAAAACCGAUGACCGAUCCCCUGAUGCAAAAAUGGAGUCAACUGUCAUUUGGCUCACAGAUGGGUGGUACGCCAUCAAAGGCCUUUUGGACCUUCCUCUCUCUGCCAUGCUAAGCAAGGGUCGUCUAAAAGUUGGCGAUAAGGUUGUGGUCAAUGGAGCAGAGUUGGUUGGCUGCCAGGAAGCUUGCCCACCUCUGGAAGCUCCUGAAUCUCUGAUGUUAAAGAUUUCAGCAAACAGUACAAGAAGAGCUCGGUGGGACACUAAGUUGGGAUACUAUCGUGAUCCCCGACCUUUUAGACUUCCGCUUUCUUCACUGUACGCUGCUGGAGGUGCCGUGAGCUGUGUGGACAUUGUGGUGUUGAGAAGUUACCCCACUCAGUGGAUGGAGAAGAUGCCCAAUGGUGUCUUUAUAUUUCGCAAUGAUCGUGCAGAAGAUCGAGAGGCUAGAAAACACAGCAACUCAAAGCACAAAACCAUGGAGCUCCUUAUUUCCAAUAUACAGGCCCAGUUCGAAAAAGAGAUGGAGGGCAAGAAGAAAAGCCAAGGGAGAAGGAGGACAUUUAGUCAACAUGAGAUUGAAGCUUUGCAGGAUGGGGAAGAGCUGUAUGAAGCAAUGGAGUCUGACCCAGCUGUUGAGAACCACCUAAGCGAAAGGCAGAUGGAGGCUGUAAAUAAGUUCAGAUGCUCCAUGGAGGAAAGGAGACAGGUGGACCUUCAGCAACGUGUUCAGAUGGCUCUAAACGAGGCACAGGAGGCAGACGGCGGGUGCCCUGAUCGAGGGGUCACCCCCGUUUGGAAACUCAGCAUCAUAGAUGCCAGUGACCCGCAGAGCAACUCUGUUUACACACUGAAUAUCUGGCGGCCGUCAGCAGACUUGCGUGGCUUGUUAAAAGAGGGCCGCAGAUACAGGACGUAUCAUCUUGCCACAUCAGAGGGCAAAAAACGCUCAGGCAUCGCUCAGAUACAGCUCACUGCCACUAAGAAAACACUGUUUCAGGACAUUGAGGUGACUCCAGAAUGGUUACAUCUGCAUUUUCAACCAAGGGUGUGCGUCUGCUUCAGGGAGCUUCAAAACCCCCAGUUUAGCUCCCCCUGUGGGGAGGUGGACAUUGUGGGAUAUAUCGUCUCUAUAGUGGACAAACAAGGUAAUUCUCCAGUACUGCACCUUGUGGAUGAAAAGUUCGACGUGGUCUCUGUGAGACUGUCUAGUAGUUUGGAGCAGUUAGCUAUAGAGGAGCUUAUAAAGCCGCAAGCACUGCUUGCCCUAAGUAACGUUCAGCUACGGCAGCUUUCUGGGCCCGUGCCAUGCCUGUAUGCUGGAGAACAAACACUCUUCUCCAUAAACCCCAAGGAUUCCCAUCUUCAGGAAGCUAUGGUUCAUAUGAAGAGUUUUGUCCAGACAUGCAAGGAGUUUUUUAGCAUCGCGGAGGAGAAGGUGUCCGAUUUAUUCCCGGCUGGCUCUUUUCAGUGUCCGAGAACUCCUGGUGUGUCUAAUCCAAAAGUUAACGGCGGGGUGACUCCUCAACAGAAAGGCAGAGUUUUCUCACCAUUCACUCCAGUGACCAAGAGAACUCCUGCAUCUACCAGUGGUGACAGCGAGUCCAAAGACCCCAAAAACUUAAAAAGAAAACGAGGUUUGGUCUACCUGUCCCGCAUCCCUUCCCCUCCACCCAUCACACCUCUAAAAACCAAAGCUUCUCCCUGUGUCAACAAGACCUUCAAUCCACCGCGGAAAUCUGUGACCCCGAAGCCUCCGGAGAAGGUGCGCGACCUCGCGUCCCGGUCCUCGCACCGUCCAUCGGGAGAGGAGGAGUGGGUGCCUGAUGAGGAGUUUGUGAUGAUAGACACACAGGCAUUACUGGAUGGACUACAGGAAGCAAAAUGCUAAAAUGUGACUAUAAACACUAAUAAGAGGAUUAGGGCACUAGGGAGGAAUCAUUAACGCUGACUGGUUCAUGAAAAGUGUUCAUACUGUUGCAGUGAAAGCAAAUGUCAUAGAUGUGACAUAGCUUUGCAUUUUGACUUUUCCCUGCCUUUACCACGGUUCUCUGAUGUCAAAUACACAGGAAGUAGUGCACUGUUUUACAUCUACUGUAAUAUUUUUUAAAAAACUUGUUGUAUUUGCACUGCUGUAGUUUUUGUAAAAUUAUUAGUACUGUUCAGGGAAGAAAUGUAUGUAAAAAUAUAUAAUAAAUAUUUUAUAUUUUA